AUGGAAUUAUUUAAAAAAGAAAAUGAAUUUACAAAAAAUAAUUAUAAUGAAAAGAAUAAAAUUGAGAAAUUAGAAGAAAUAAAUGAUCACACUAAUAAUAAUAAGAAUAAUAAAAUUAGUUUAAAUAACAAUAGUAAUUGUAUAGAUGAUAAAAAUAAUUUUAAUAAUAAUAACUUAGAUGAAAAUGAUAAAAAUAAUUUUAAUGAUAAUAACUUAGAUGAAAAUGAUAAAAAUAAUUUUAAUAAUAAUAACUUAGAUGAAAAUGAUAAAAAUAAUUUUAAUAAUAAUAACUUAGAUGAAAAUGAUAAAAAUAAUUUUAAUAAUAAUAACUUAGGUGAAAAUGAUAAAAAUAAUUUUAAUGAUAAUAACUUAGAUGAAAAUAAUAGUAAAUUAAAUGAUAGUAAUAAUAAUCUUAUUAAUGAAACCUAUAAUUCAAGUGAAGAUGAUAACAAGUUAAUUGAAAAUGAUAAAAGAAAAAUUAUAAUAUUUUCAUCUAUUCUAAGAUAUAAAAGAUACUUGACAAAAAAAGGAAAUACUUAUUUUGAUUUUAAUCAAACUAAUUUAGAAUUAAAUGAAAAAGAAAUGUUAGUACAAAGUAGUAAUUUUUAUCAUUUAUUUGAUCUAAGAUCUUUGUUUUUUCCUCAUAUUUAUUUAAAUAUUAACUCACAUAUGAAUAUAAAUAUUUCUGAUUAUUUAAACUACAUAAAAAAUCAACAAAAUGAAGGUAUUAAAAAUGAAGAAAAUAAAGACUUAAAUUAUUUUUCAAAACAAGAAUUCAUUUUAGAAUCUAUUGAACAAGUGGAACACAUAGAAAUAAAAGUAAAGAUAAUAAAAAAAUUAUUUUUAAUAUUAAACGAGAAUGUUUCCCAAAAAUUUAAAAACUAUAUUGAUAACUUACCAUAUAUCAAUUCAAAUGAUUAUAUUUUUGUUCAGACUAAUCGUAAAAAUGAUAUAUUAUUUGGAUAUAUUAAAAGUAACAAAUUUAAUUUAUUUUUUGAGAUUUUAAAUUUUAAAAAAAUGUUUUUUCAGUAUUAUAAGGAUAAUAUAAAAAUAGAUAUAUAUGAUAUAAACUCAAUAAAUAAUUAUGAAGAUUAUUUUGAAAAUAUCAAUGGAAUUAUAUUUUUAAAAGAACAGAAUAUAUUUGUAAAAAAGGAUUUAUUUGAAAAUAUUAAUUUUUAUUCUAAAUAUUAUUAUGAUUAUUAUUUUUCUAAAAAUUCAAUUGUUGAAUAUGAUUAUUCAAAUAAAAAAAAAAAAUUUCUUUUGGUUUUUAAUUUAUGUGUAAAUUAUGUUAAGAAUAACUUAUUUAUAAUUGUUAUUUAUAAUGAUAAUAAUUGCAAUAAUAAUUCAAACGAUAAUAAUUCUAAAUUUUUAUAUUAUGAAGAACUAGAUCUGUAUAAUAAGCAAUUUAAUUUAAAUAAUAUAGAUAAAAAUUUAUUUAAAACAAAUUCCUUUUUUAUAGAUAAUUUAUAUCAUAGAUUAAAAAGUAAACUAUUAUGUUCUUUUUCUUUUAAACAUAUACUUUUAAAUGAUUAUUUAACAAGUAUUAAUAUUUCAAAAAUAAAAAAGAAUAAAUUUUAUAAAAAUUUUUAUACAUUUAAUAUUUUUUGUUUAUCAAAUGAAGGUAUAGUUUAUAUAUUUUUUUGUAAUUUAUUAAUAUUAAAUAUUUUUUAUGAAAACAAAUUCGAAUUAAUUGUAAAAAAGUAUUUUUGCUUUCAAUUAAAUAAGGAAAGUUUAUAUAGAAAAAUAAGAGUAGUAAAUUGUAACUCAAAGUAUUUGUAUUCUUUAUGUACCCAUAGUAAUUUUCCAUACAAAAAAUUUCAUGAUUUUGUUAAUGAAAACGUGUUAUCCAAAAAUUUAAAUGAUACAUUAAGAAAUACAGAAAGAGAAAGUAUAAUACAUUGUGAUGAUGAUUCAAAUAAAAUUGAAAAUAUUUUUACAAAUAGUUUUUCAACUUACGAAAAAAGUGAUAAUGAAAAUGUAAUUAAUAAUAAUGAUCUUGAUUAUAAAAUAAAUAAUAGUCAUUCUAAUAUAGAUUGUUAUAUAAAUAAAAAAGAGUAUUCUAAUUAUACUGGUAUGACAGAGUAUAAAUAUACUUUUCUUAUAAUUACAUGUAAAUAUGAUUUUUCUAUAGUAACAUUAAGAAGAAGAAAAAAAAAUUUUAAUAUGGAACUUAUUAAUUAUUCUUGUACAAAUAGCAAAAAUUCUAAUAAUGUUAUAUGUGAUAUAAUAGUUAAUAAAUGUAAUUUUGAAAAAUAUAAUGAAAAUAAAAAAAAAAAUAAAAGUUUUAUUAUAUUUGAAAUAAUAUGUUUUUAUCAAAAUGGUUUUAUGAAAAAAUACAGUUAUGUAUGUUCCUUAAAAAAUAAAAAUUUUGAAUUUUUCCUAAUGGAAAAUGAGAAAAUGAAGAAUGGAAUUAUUUCAAAAAAAAUUUUUUUUAAGCCAGUUCUUUUUCCUUUUAAUGAAGAAGUAUUAAAAAAAAAAAAAAAAUGUAAUGACAUAAUUUUAAAUAAUGUACAUUUGAGUCACUUUAAAAAUUUCAUAUAUAUAUACUUUCAAGAAAAGCAAUAUGAAAGCAUUAGUUUAACAAUUAAUAAUCAAUGUUUAAUUAUUAGCUAUAUUAAAACGAUAAGUAAACUUUUUAAAAAAAUAUACACUUUACUAAAUAAAAAGAAUGAAAAAGAAAAUAUCAAUUCAAAUGUGAAUAAUAAAAAAAAAGAAAAUUUUGAGAGUUAUCUUAGUAUUAAUAAAAAUAAUAAUUUUCUAGACAAAAAUAAUGAAAUGAAUUAUUAUAAUGAUAAAAUAAAUUCUUUUUUAGAUGAAGUUAAUAAAUCAAGUGAAUUUUAUGAUAAAAAUAUAAAAAACUAUUUAAACUGCAAUUUAUUCACUCAAAGAGAACACAAGACAUUUUUUUUGGAGUAUAAAUAUAUUAUAUUUGGUUUUUAUGAUAUACAUCUAAUAAAUGAAAAAAAUAACAAAAAUAUAAAUGAAAUGAAAACAAAAGUGAAUAAAAAAAAUUCAGUGAGCUCUUGUGACAUACAUAGUCACUUUAAUUUUUUAAAUAUUAUAAAAAGUUACAUUAAUUAUGAUAAUAUUAAAAAAAGCAUUCAUAAUUUAACUAAUGAAAACAAAAAAAUAAAAAUGAAUUUUUAUUACUUUCUUUUAAUUUUAAAUUAUUUUCAAAAUAAUUAUAUAUCUGAAUAUAAUUCUUUUUUUCACCUAGCAUACAACGAAUUAUAUCAAAAAGUAAAUUUCACUUAUAAAAGAAAAAUAUAUUCCAAAUUAUUUUUUGAAAACUUUGAAUUAAUAGAUAUAAAAAAAUAUGGUGGUAUUUUAUUGUCAUUUUUAUUUCACAUGUAUAAUUUCUGUUUGAAACAAAAUGGGCUCAGUAAUGAUGAUUUCAAUUCUCAUAUUACUUUUUUUUUAAUAAAUAAAAAAACAAAAAAAAAUAAAAAAAAAUUUAGAUAUAUUUACAAAAUGGAUGAAAAUAAAAAUACUAAGUCAUAUGAAAAUUUAAAUAAGGAUGAAACUAAAGCCAUACAAAGUUUAAGUGAAGAAUAUAAGAAAGAUAAUUUUGAUAAUAUAAAAAAUAACAUAACUAAAAAAAAUACCGAAUUUGAUGAUAAAAAAAUGUUAAUGAAUGAGAACAAAAAGGUUAUAAUUAAUUUUUUAACUUUAAAAAAGUGUCUAUAUUAUAUAAAUAAAAUUAAAAAAUAUAUGAGUUACAUAUUAAACACAGAAGUAAGUGAUUGCAAUACUCAGUUUGAUAUUUGUAUAAAUAUAUAUAUUUGUCAAAUAUUUUAUAUUAUUUUAAAUACAUUGCGAAUAAACAACACAAAUAUUUUUGUUAAUUUAAAUUAUAACAUAAAGAAAAACAAUUUAGAUUAUUUUUAUAUAUUAAUUUUAAUUAAUUUCUAUAGCUUAUUUUAUCUUCUUAUCUCUCCUGAAAAUAUAUUAAAAGAAAAUAUUGAAAAUGAAAAAAAAGUGGAUAAUGAAGAAAAUAAAAUAAAUAAAGAUAUGGAUAUAUUAAAUUUUUUUAACAACAUUUAUGUAGAAUAUAAAAAUAAAAACAUAGAAAAAACAAAUUCUUCAAAUAUAGAAAAUAUUAGCAUUACUUCGGAAAGUUUUGAAAAAUAUUUAGCUUUAACUUAUGAAAUUAUAAAAGAAAAAACAAACAAAAUAAAUGUAGAUAAUUAUAUUGUUGAAAAAUUAUUAUUUAAAAUAAAUUGUUUUUUUUGUAAUAAGAUAUGUAUAUCUAACCUAUAUAAUAAUUAUUAUAUAUGUGAAAAUAAUCAUAUAUUCAAUAAAUGUAUGAUAACUUUUUGUUGUAUUUAUAAAAAUAAUCUAAUAUUACCUACUAUUUUCAUUUUAAAUGAUUUCAAUAAAAAAUUAUUUGAUAACUUUAAUGCUCCUUUAAACUUUAAUUUAUUGAUUCAAGUAGAUUAUAUUUAUUUUUGUUCAUUCUGUUAUUAUUUUAUUUCAACUAAAAAUACUUUUUUUGAAAAAAAUUUUCUUUUUAAUCAAUGCCCUUUUUGUAAUCAUGAGCUAAAUAUUUUAUAA